ACUUCGUCUGCUAAUUUGAACACAAAAUGGUCGCAACAAGAGAAUCCGAAAAGGCUGACAUUGCCCUAAUUGGAUUGGCUGUUAUGGGCCAAAAUUUAAUUCUGAAUAUGAAUGAUCGCGGUUUUGUUGUAUGCGCGUACAAUAGAACUGUUGAAAAGGUUGAUAAAUUUUUGUCUAAUGAGGCAAAAGGGACGAAAGUAAUUGGGGCUAAAUCUUUAGAGGAUAUGGUAAAAAAGCUAAAGAAACCUAGAAAAGUUAUGAUGCUUGUUAAAGCCGGAUCAGCUGUUGAUGAUUUUAUAGAGAAAUUAAUACCGCUUCUCGAGAAAGGAGAUAUUAUCAUUGACGGUGGAAAUUCAGAGUAUAACGAUUCUAUUAGAAGAUCUCAAUACUUAGAGAAGAAAGGUUUACUGUUUGUUGGAAGUGGUGUGAGUGGAGGAGAGGAUGGCGCUCGUUAUGGUCCAUCACUAAUGCCCGGUGGAUCUGAGCAAGCUUGGCCUCAUAUCAAGGAUAUUUUCCAAUCUAUUUGCGCUAGAGUCGAUCAGGAACCCUGUUGCGAUUGGGUUGGAGAACAAGGGGCGGGUCAUUUUGUAAAGAUGGUACACAAUGGUAUUGAAUACGGUGAUAUGCAAUUAAUUUGCGAGGCCUAUGAUCUCUUAAAAUCUUCAUUGGGGAUGCCAAGCGACGAAAUAGGAAAGGUUUUUGAGAAAUGGAAUAAAACAGAAUUAGAUUCAUUUCUUAUGGAAAUAACAGCUGAAAUACUUCAAUUUAGGGAUAGUAAAGGUGAAAUUUUGGUGGAAAAAAUUCGGGACAAAGCAGGUCAAAAAGGUACUGGAAAAUGGACUGGUAUAACAGCUUUAGAUUGCGGUGUUCCGCUCACUCUUAUCGCCGAGGCCGUUUUUGCCAGGUGCCUCUCCUCCUUGAAGGAUGAAAGAGUUGAAGCAAGCAAACAGUUACAUGGACCUAACAAUAAUUAUACAGGCGAUAAGGGAGCAUUUAUUGAGGAUGUGAGAAAGGCCCUAUAUGCUUCAAAAAUUAUUUCCUACGCCCAGGGUUUUAUGCUAAUGAGGCAAGUUGCCAAAGAUCAAAAUUGGAGAUUAAAUAUGGGCGGAAUAGCAUUAAUGUGGAGGGGUGGAUGCAUAAUUAGAAGCGUUUUCCUUGGAGACAUCAAAAGAGCUUUUGAUAGCAAUCCCAACCUUCAAAAUUUAAUACUAGACGAUUUCUUUAAGGAUGCAUUACAUGCAUGCCAGUCAUCAUGGCGUAAAGUUGUAAGUACUGCAGCUAUAUUGGGUAUUCCAACUCCAGCCUUUAGUACUGCAUUAGCGUUUUUUGAUGGUUACAGAAAUAGUCGGCUACCAGCCAAUUUAAUUCAGGCUCAAAGAGAUUAUUUCGGAGCGCAUACAUACGAACUGUUAUCAACGCCAGGCCAAUUUAUUCAUACAAACUGGACUGGGCACGGUGGAAAGAUUUCAUCAUCAACCUACAAUGCUUAA